AGAGAGAGGGAGGAAAGAAGAAGAACAAAAGGCCUUUUUCGCUCCUAUCCUUCCUCUCUUUCCUUCGGAGCUCUCUUCAAUUCACAGUUCAAAAAAACCCUAAAUAAUUUGAUUUUUCUGCUCUGAUUUUUGCUUUCUUUGUGAUUGUUUUACGUGAAGGCGAAGGUUUUUUCUGAUUUUGGUUUCUUGUUGCUGAGUUUCGGCGUAAUAUUUGAGCUUCAAAAGCUUAAUUUUAUCUGGCGGUAUUUUGAUUGGUAAUUGGAUCCAGAAGUCAGACGAUUUGAAGUUGGUACGGGGAAUUCCAUUUUUGAAUUGAAGAGUUGAUUGAUUGUUCGAGUUUGAUUUUCCUUUUUUGCGGAAAAUUUGGAAUAGUGGCGAGAUUAUUGAAAUUUAGGAUUUAAAUUUGAUGGGGGAAGAAGAUUCCGUAGGUGCGUCUCAGAAGAAGGCUCAAUCAGAUGGUUCAGCGUUGAGUAAUUCUUCGUCAUCGGAUAUUCCGUCUAAGAAGCUCGCUAGGCAGCUCGAUUUCACCGGCUAUGGAGGGGCCUCGCGUCCUCAAUCUCAUUCAAACUCGCAUUCACAGUCACAGGCUCCAUUAGUUGCUCAGAAUCUUCCGCAAGCUCAACCAAAACCACCACAGACGCAGAUGGUGGCGGCGUCGAUCGCACCUUUGGCGCCUCAUUCGUCAGUAAGAGCUGUGAAACCAGAAUCACCAAUGUCAAGAGCAAGACCUGCUGUUGAAGCUAAAGACAGUACUCCUAAGAAGCAAAAACAGUGUAACUGUAAACAUUCGCGGUGUCUAAAAUUGUACUGUGAAUGCUUUGCUUCUGGAAUAUACUGCGAUGGUUGCAACUGCAUAAAUUGUUAUAACAAUGUCGAAAAUGAUGCCGCUAGAAGAGAAGCAGUUGAAGCGACAUUAGAGCGUAAUCCAAAUGCAUUUCGACCAAAAAUUGCGAGCAGUCCUCAUGGGAUGCGGGACAGCAGGGAGGAGGCGGGGGAGUUGCUGAUGUUGGGUAAGCACAAUAAGGGAUGCCACUGCAAGAAAUCGGGUUGUCUAAAAAAAUAUUGUGAGUGUUUCCAGGCCAACAUUCUCUGUUCGGAAAACUGUAAAUGCAUGGACUGCAAGAAUUUUGAGGGAAGUGAAGAGAGGCAAGCUCUUUUCCAUGGAGACCAUGGUAACAACAUGACCUUCAUUCAACAGGCAGCGAAUGCUGCCAUAACUGGAGCUAUUGGCUCCUCUGGCUAUGCUUCACCUCCUGUAUCCAAGAAAAGAAAAGGUCAAGAACUCUACUUUGGACCGACAGCCAAGGACAUAUCCACUCACAGACCAGUGCCAUUUCAACAGGCAAAUCAUAUCAGAGCCACUGCUCCUCCGCUACCGUCCUUCCCCAUUGCUGGCGUUGGAAGCCCGUCAGUGUUGGGUCCUUCAAAGUUUACAUAUAGGUCUUUAAUGGCAGACAUCAUUCAAUCACAAGAUUUGAAAGAUCUUUGCUCUGUUUUGGUUGUGCUGUCAAGUGAAGCUGCCAAGACAAUUCAAGACCAAACAAAUGCUGCAGAAAAGCAAUCUGAUGGCCAGACAGAAACUUCUGUUGCAUCAUCCACUCAAGAUAGGUUACAGAAAAAAGAUGCAUCUGAUGAGAAAGCUGCAGCUGAUGAUCGUUCAAGUGCAAACCAGGCUGAUAAAACCACCCCCGAUGAUUCCAAUUCAGAUGGUGGAGAUGUGCCAAAGGGUGCUCCCAUGUCUCCCGGAACUUUAGCUUUGAUGUGCGACGAGCAAGAUACAAUGCUAAUGGCUGCUGCUUCCCCCAAUAGACUAAUUGGUCCUGGCUGCAGCACCUCUUCACAACUGCCUCAUGGACGAGACACGUCAGAGGUCUAUGCAGAGCAGGAGAGGAUUGUCCUUACAAAGUUUAGGGAUUGUCUUAAUAGACUCAUUACUUUGGGAGAAAUAAAAGAGACACAAUGUUCAUCUUUAGCCAGAAAUGAAGUAGGUAAUCAAGAACAACAAUUUAACAAUGGCACUACAAAUAUUAGAACUGAAACUCAAAGUAAUUUGGGACAACUCAACAAUAAAGUUACAAAAUCUACAAUUACACCAUCGGUGAAGACAUCGCAGACAGUAACUCCAGCAGUGAUGACCCUUAAUAACGACCAGCGACAGAAAGUUUUGCCUCUGUCUUGAAAGUCGUAAUCAGCAGACCAAAGAUUGACCGAGUUGGUAAAGAAAACUGUAGCCAUUCGUUAUCGAUCAAUAUGAUAUUUACCGCUCAGCCCUCAUUCUGGGUUGUCCACUCCACACUGUGCUGACCCUUCAGAGUUGGAAGCUAUAUUUCGAUGAAACCGUUCCACGGAUUUCUACAUUAUUGAUGUAAGUUAAAUUUUGAUGCUUUAAGUUCCAUUCUUGGUCAUUAUUGAUGCUGUGAAAUGCAAAGCUCCAUGUUGGCCAUUAUUGUCAUUUAGAUAUGAAAUUGAGUUUCCCAUCUUAGCUUUGUAAUUGUAGUUAUUUUUCCUCCUAUUUUGGGAGAGGUGAAAGGUGUUAGGGUUUGUUCUUUUCAUAUUUCUAGAUGAAAAGAGAGAUGGAAAUCCUUUCGUAACUUAUUUCUAAUGUGGCCAAUUCUAGCUAAGCUAAAAUCUGUUGCCCAGUUUCCUCUAGGAUUUUUAUUUGUCUGAGAAUUUUUCCUAUUUUACUGAAGCAUUGAAUAACAAGGGCUUCAUAAAUCUA